CAUGACACCCCAGGCUCAUGGCCCUCCCCCCCUUGCCCCCAGGUCAGCUGCCAGCCGCAAGCCCCCCACCAGCCACAGCCAUGAGCAACUGGAGGAAGGACCACCUCGGCGCCAGCAGCGUGGAGCCCCUCCCGGUCGUCAUCAUCGGCAAUGGUCCCUCGGGCAUCUGCCUGUCCUACCUGCUGUCGGGCUACACCCCCUACGUGAAACCGGACGUCGCCCACCCACACCCGCUGCUGCAGAGAAAACUCACUGAGGCCCCGGGGGUCUCCGUCCUGGACCAGGACCUGGAUUACCUGUCUGAAGGCCUCGAAGGCCGGUGCCAAAGCCCUGUGGCCCUGCUCUUUGAUGCCCUCCUGCGCCCAGACACAGACUUUGGGGGAAACAUGGAGUCCGUUCUCACCUGGAAGCACCAGAAGGAGCGAGCCAUCCCCCACAUGGUCCUAGGCCGGAACCUGCCCGGGGGAGCCUGGCAUUCCAUUGAAGGCUCCAUGGUGACCCUUAGCCAAGGCCAGUGGAUGGGGCUCCCGGACCUGCAGGUGAAGGAGUGGAUGUGCAGGAGGCGAAGAGGUCUUCGCAACAGCCGGGCCACGGCUGGGGACAUCGCUCACUACUACAGGGACUACGUGACCAAGAAGGGCCUGGGCCACAACUUCGUGUCCGGCGCCGUGGUCACGGCCGUGGAGUGGGGGACGCCCGAGUCCAGCGGCUCCGGGGUCCGGCACCCCGGCCCCCUCUUCCAGGUGAGCGGCUUCCUGACCGCCGAGGACCAGAGCCGGCCGCCCUUCUCCCUGUGCGCCCGUAACGUGGUCCUGGCCACGGGCACGUCGGACAGCCCGGCCCGGCUGGGCAUCCCCGGGGAGGCCCUGCCCUUCGUCCACUACGAGCUCUCGGCCCUGGAGGCGGCCGUGCGGGCGGGCACGGUGAGCCCGGCCUCGGACCCCGUCCUCAUCGUGGGCGCGGGGCUGUCGGCCGCCGACGCGGUCCUCUACGCCCGCCAUUACAGCAUCCCCGCGAUUCACGCCUUCCGCCGGCCCGUGCACGACCCCGGCCUGGUCUUUAACCAGCUGCCCAAGAUGCUGUACCCCGAGUACCACAAGGUGCACCAGAUGAUGCGGGAGCAGUCCAUCCUGUCGCCCAGCCCCUACGAGGGCUACCGCAGCCUCCCCGAGCACCAGUUGCUGCUCCUCAAGGAGGACCGCCAGGCCGUGUUCCAGGACCCCAAGGGCCUCCAGAAGGUCUUCGGCGUGGCCCUGGUGCUGGUGCUCAUCGGCUCCCACCCCGACCUCUCCUUCCUCCCCGGGGCAGGUGCGAACCUGGCCAUGGACCCCGACCAGCCCCUGAGCGCCAAAAGGAACCCCAUCGAUGUGGACCCUUUCACUUACCAGAGCACCCACCAGGAGGGUCUGUACGCUGUGGGGCCGCUGGUGGGGGACAAUUUUGUGCGGUUCGUGCAGGGUGGGGCCCUGGCGGUGGCCAGCUCCCUGCUGAGGAAGGAGGCCCGGCAGCCGCCCUAGCACCUGGCCUGGCCUCCUCGCACCCAGGCCCUAAAGAGGAAGGGAGAUUCCUACAGCCCCGCUGGACACCCCAGUGAGGGAAGGGGGCCUCUCCUGGCAGGAGACAGGAGGGGCCGUGAGCCCAUGCAACAGGCCUCUCUGAUGAAGAGGAGUGGGGAACCCAGGCUGCCUGGGCUGGGACUCGUGCCCAGAGUGGGAACAGAGGCUGCAGGCCAGGGUGGGCUGUGAUUUGGGGUGAAAGUUGCUGGUGUGAACUGGGGUCACCCGGGCCAGCUGAGCACUGAGCCAAGAGGACUCCAGGACCUGCUCCUUCCCGAAUCAGGUCCUAAUUAAACCCAGUGCCUGCCUCCA